AUGGUGGACGUCGGAACUGACACCGUUCUGACUCCUAAUUGGUGGGAGAGCGAGCAGGAGCGCCGGAAGAAGGAGUCGUCAAGACGAUCGGCCAAGGUAGGUUCACGGGGGCCGUCAGCGGUGGUAAAUCACGCCGAUACUGGAGCUGAAUCGGCGAUGGAGACGGAUGGCGAAGGGUGGAGGGAAGUUGCUGGCAGGAAAGCAACUGCAGCUCCGCACAGUGGAAGAGCAAUGGGCCUCCCUAUACCUAUGAGGACUGGGGCGAAGUUCAGGGCUAAGCCUCCGGCGGUUUUAGUCAAGGUGGCUGCCGGCUCGUCGCACGCGGACACCGUUCGUGCAGUAAGGAAUAACAGCGAGGUGAACUUGGUUGAGCUGGAGCUCAGGUUACUGGCAUGCGCAAAACCAGGGAUGGGCACUUGCUGGUUGAGUUAG